AAUGGUAUUGUAUCAAGAUGGACGACUCUUAAGCUGAAAAUAACUAAACUUAGGAAAGUGCUUCAGUUGCCUCGGAGAAAGGAAAUAUCAGGAUAUGUGAUUCUUAAGUGGAAAAAGACCAAAUUUAAGAAAGCUAUUCAAUCUCUCCGUAAAAAGAAGGGUCAGAUCUCAAUUUCCAAGGUACAAUACUGCCAUUAGCAACAAGAAGCCAUUUUACGAAGUCUACAGGGACAAAAAAUGU